ACGAAAAUAUUACGCAUCGCGCUACGGUUAUUUUUCAUUAUAUAAUUUACAUUAAAAUUCAUGUUAAGUGGAAGGCGGUUAUAGAGUAAUGGUUUGAACGGUUGAAAUAAGGGUAUCUUGCAAAAACUUCGUGGAUUUCCCACAGUCAAACGCGUCUCGACACUCGUAGCGAAAUGAUCUGUAUUGAAGCUGAACAUUUUUCUGUUCAUCGAAUUCUUCUGUUAAUAGUUGGCUUAUGGCCCUAUCAGCGAUCAAAACUUGUCCUACUCCAGACUAUCAUAACUUUCGUCAUACUGCUGAGUUUUGUAAUAUUUCAGGUAUGUCUAUAUUCUAAUUGCACAUAUUAUUGUGUAAUAGAAAUGGCUGCACAGUCAUCUGUAGUAAAUGUCUACUUUGACUGCAAAAACACAAAUGGAGUAUUUCUAACUGCAGAAUACACUUCCGAUCUUCUUACCAAUGUUUUGCCUACCGCAUUAGCAUACUCUGGUGUUUCGGUUAAUUUUCUUUCGUUCUGGAUUAAUAUCCGAACUGUAAAGUGUUUACUGGAAAGGUUACAGGACAUUUGUAAUAAGUUGAAGGACGAGAAUGAAAUUGCAAUUAUAAAAACGUAUAGUUAUCAAGCGAGAAAAAUUACUAUUAUUCUUACACGUAAGAUAACACUUUUCGUACUUACUUACUUACAUUUUUUAUUCGCGUUUCCUGCAAUCGUUCUUAUUGCUCAACCAAUUUGGCCACGCGUUCUUGGCAUUUUUUUCUACCUGAACGAAUCUUUGUUCCGUCGCAAAACGUUAAUCUUGACUGAGUACUUUGUCGAUCAAGAAAAAUAUUCUUACUUAAUCAUGUUGCAUACGAACAUAGCAGUUUUCAUAGGAACGUUUGCAAUGAUAGCAACAGGAAUGCUGCUUCUGGUGUCUCUCAAACAUGCCUGUGGAAUGUUUAGUAUCGCCAGUUAUCGCAUAGAACGAGCAAUUACAAACAAUAAGCGAGAAAAUGUUAAUUUAAAGGACCAGAAUGUGAUUUUUAGGAGGAUGGUCUAUGCGAUAGACAUUCAUCGUAAAGCUAUGCAAUACUCCAAUUUUCUAAUAUCCAGCUUUGAGGGAACUUUCUUUCUUCUUAUUGCGUUCGGUGUGGUUUGUUUGAGUCUUAAUCUUUUUCGAAUUUUUCAGCUUACAUCAACCGGAGGUGAUAAAUUUGAACUUUUAUCAUGUUUUGUAUACACAAUUUGUAUUCUUUCAUACAUGUUUAUUGCCAACGCAAUCGGACAGGAAAUUACAGAUCACAAUGAUCAAGUAUAUUUUACAGCAUACAAAGUUAAAUGGUAUGCAACGCCCUUACACGUGCAGAAACUAAUAUUAUUUCUGAUACAAAGAGGUAACAAAACAUUCGGAUUGAAUGUGGGUGGAUUAUUUGUUGCAUCCUUAGAGUGUUUUGCAACGUUGAUAAGUGCAUCACUGUCUUACUUUACCGUGAUAUAUUCUACGCAACAGUGACAUGGAAGUGUCCUUCAUUUAAUAGUAUAUCGAGAUGUAGUAGGUAAGCCUGAUAACUUCUGCCCGUUAUAUUCUUACUGGAAACUUUCAAUUAAUUCUGUGUAAUAUUUUUUUAUAGCUUUUUUUUUUCUUUUGAAAGAUUCCAGACAAUUUGAACUCAUUUUAUACAAAUCCAUAGUACAUCCGCAAU